AUGUCUGGCAGAGGGAAAGGAGGCAAAGGACUGGGCAAAGGCGGAGCCAAGCGGCACCGUAAAGUGCUCCGUGAUAACAUCCAGGGCAUCACCAAACCGGCCAUCCGCCGUCUGGCUCGCCGUGGCGGCGUCAAGCGGAUCUCGGGUCUGAUCUACGAGGAGACCCGCGGGGUGCUGAAGGUUUUCCUGGAGAAUGUGAUCCGGGAUGCGGUCACCUACACUGAACACGCCAAGCGCAAGACAGUCACUGCCAUGGAUGUGGUGUACGCUCUGAAACGCCAGGGCCGCACUCUCUAUGUCUUCGGCGGCUGAAAAACUCCCACUUCCUCCCGAGAACAAAACAAAGGCUCUUCUAAGAGCCACCCACCGCCUCACAGAGGGAGCAGUAACAGGAUGAAGGUCUGAUGAUCUUAAAACGUGUGUCAUGUUGGUCAAACAUGAGUUACAUUUCACCAACCAGCUGGCAGCCUCUCAAACCAUGUCUCAGGUGGACAUCAUGAUGAAGAAAACUUCAAGGAACAAUGCUUCAAAAAGUUGGCAUCCAUCAAUAAAAACCCUCCUCACCUGGAUAUGCACUCUUCUCAUUGCCACCAUCAUGGAGCAGGUACAGGAGCCUGAAGGCACACACGGUAAUAGUAAUAGCUGCUUCACCUCUGCCAUCAGAUUUCUGAAUGGACAUUGAACCCUUGAACACUAUCUCACUACUCUUUUUGCUUUAUUUAUGUAUUUUAUCUUUUUAAUGUAUAUGUAUCUACAUUAAUUUACAGUUUUUUUAUUACUAUAUAUUGUAAUGUACUGCCUAACAACAAAUUUCAUGGCAUAUGCCGGUGAUAUUAAAUCUGACUCUGGCACACUGUCCUUCGCCAGUCCGUGCACUGAGAACAGAUGUCAGGAUGUUGUGUUACAGUUGUACAAGAUGUUGCUGAGGCCGCAUUGAAAUAUUAUGUUUAGUUUUGCUCACUCUGCUCCAGGAAAGAUGUCGAUUAGGCUGGAAGGAAUGCAGGAGAGAUGUACACGGAUCUUGCCAGGACUUGAAUGGCUGAGUUAUGAAGAGUGGCUGAGCUGGUUAAGACUGUUUUCCUUGGAAUGUGGGAGAAUGAGGGGCAAUAUCAUACACAUGUAUGAAAUAGCAAGGGUCAUAGAUUGGGUGAAUGCACAGAGACUUUUUAACAGGGAUGUGGAAUCAGGAACUUGAGGGUACUAGUUGGUGAGAGGCAGAGAUUGAAUAGGAACAUGAUGGGCUAUUUCUUUCACCCAGGCAGUGUAGGAUAUGGAGCCAACUGCCAGAGGAAAUGAUUGAGAUUAACAAGAUUGAAAAGCUAUUGGACAGGGAUGUGGAUAGAAAAGCUUCAGUCUGAUAUGGGUGCAACCAGUAUGGGAGAUUUCUUGCCCUGGGCCAGAUGGACAGAACUUCUCUAACUGACUUGUAAUUUCUUCCAAGAUCAUAGACUCCAUCAUCUUGCCAUCAACAAAUGUGAAGUAAACAGGAUUACAAUUACCUUCUGCUGUCUUCUAACUUUCUGGAACAAUAGAAAAAAUUGAGAUUUUUCACUUCACUGGGAUAUUCAUGGAACACUGGGCAUUUUGACAA